AUGGUAAUAGAUUUGACAGUUGACGUACUUGACGCAGCCGGUGAAGGUCUACAUUUGACCGAUGAACUAAAAUUAUUUCAGACAAUAUUUGAAGUCAGAGAAGCACAUCAUCUUGGCUAUCAGUCAGAAAAUGAAAUUGCACUAGAUGUAAAGAAGAUGAUGGUUGAUGCUGCCGCAAAAGUCAUCGAUACAUUUGAUCCAAAUUCUAACGUCGUCGAUGAUCAAAAGAGUGCAUGUAGGAUUUUUGGAACUUUGGAAGUUAAUAAAGUCACAGGAAAUUUGCAUAUUACAGCAUUUGGUCAUGGAUAUAGUGGAUACGGUAGACCUGUUGCCGAUAAUAGCUCAUUGAACUUUACGCAUCGAAUUGAUGAAUUUUCAUUUGGAACACUGUAUCCGCAACUCAUAAACCCAUUGGACAAUAGCAUUGAGUUAGCUGAAGCACAUGUCGAGGCUUUUCAAUAUUUUUUAUCAGUUGUCCCAACAACGUAUAUAGACAAUUUCAAUAGAGUUUUAUUAACAAAUCAAUAUGCAGUUACGGACUACACUAGAAUAAUCGAUGGUUCAAGACAGCCUGGUGUCCCAGGUAUUUUCUUCAAGUAUGACAUAGAACCAAUUUCAGUUCGCAUAACAGAGAGGUCUACAACAUUCGUAAAAUUCUUGACGCGUCUUUGUGGAUUGGUAGGUGGUGUUUGGGUAACAGCCGGAUUUGUUUUAAGGUUUGCAAAUUGGAUUUGGAUGUUAUUGGAUCAAACUAUUGGAAAUGGGGUCAGUUUAACACGUAGACCAAAUAUAGAUAGUAGUAAUGUGAAUGGUAUGCUACAUAAUGGUGGUGUUCGAUAUAAUUACAAUGAUAGUGGAUUGCAUAGAGGUGUUAAUAUCAAUUUACAAAAGGUUGCCAGUGAUUAA